GGAGCGAAACUACUGCCUAGUGAUGCUGCGCUUCAGGAAGAGCUCGAGGCCAGAAGGAAGAGGCUUCUCGAGGGGAUCCCGACCUUGUCUGAAAACCGUUCUGUGAGCGGAUGCCAGCGAUUUUGCCUGGCCAUUCUCCGCGCCAUUAUCUUUGUUGCAGCAACGGUUGGUUUGCUUUGGCUGCAGAUCUGGUUGAGCGAAACGAACGUUGAGACAUUCCGUGAAAGCCCGAUCCACAAAAAAGCCAUCCUUGGUGCGAACGGAACGAUUAAAGACACAUCGGGAGACGAAGCUUGCCCUGUGUAUGUGGAACUGCAGGACCCAUGGGCAUAUCAUCUGGCCCAGUUAGGUUCCUUGCAAAUCAACAUCGUGCCUCAUGGCCACUUCACAGACGACCUGCCAACAAUUCAAUGGUAUGCCAGUGAGGAGGUUUACAGGAACAGAGACGUGUACCUGCUCUUCAGCAUGGGAGCACGCGGUUUGAAUCCCGCAGUUGUCAGCAUAGGGCUCGAAGAGGCUAUGUCAACCGAGCGUUACAUGACAGCGCUAAAAGAAGCCUUCUCCCGCAACCUCUUGAACCCCUUGGAGCAGGAGUCGGUACAGGGGACGAUGUUUGUGCAUGCGAGUGAGGGCAAACAGUGGGUGGACGGUGGCUGGACAGAUGUGGCAGUCUCUGACGACUGGCUCGCUAUCUCUGGCUUGGCCUUUGGCUUGCUGCUGCUUCUAUGCUUCAGCGUUUUAAAGUGGAUUUGGAAAGAGAUCAACCACGACUGGAAGUUAAAUUGUGAUGUCUGGGUAGCCCAGCACGAGUACCUCUGGGAAAGAGCGAAGAGAUCGAAAAUCUUCGCACUUGACUCGCAUACGCUGACGCCAGCCGAGAUGGAGGAAGCGCUUGCCAAGAAGACCCCGAAAGACAAGGAUGACAGUGAUGAUUUGGAGCUCUCUUUCCAGGACAGAGUAGUGAUGUGCUCACCUUUCUUUGUCCUGGACAACUUCCUGGCAAACGCUUAUUCUUGUGAAGAACAGGUGGGUUUGUCAGUGGCAUCGGCACUUCUACACGCAGUGGCCUUUUGUGCGGUAUGCCUGCUGCCGUCCUACGCAUGUUGCCUGAUGCCAGCGUGGGGCCCAACAUUUCAUGUCAUUGUCUCGGCCUAUGCACUUUGCAUCAUCUUGCUGGGGCCCUUCUACUAUCUCUCCUUUGGCAACAUCACGGUUCGAUUCGCAUUGAGCGUGUUGCAGAUCGCCUGUUUGGCUUUCUGGACAGUUUUGACUGUUGCGUACCUUGUCAGUGCCAUUAUCUAUCUGUCAGCCAUAUCUGCCGUAAACGAAGAUUUGAUUCCGAACGCGCUGAGCCCAUUGGCGACAAUCGUAGCCUAUGUCGCUGUCAUAACUGUGCGACUCAAAGACCUCCAGCAACAUUAUAUGGAAAUCUUGAAGGGCAAGAAGUCCAAAGGUUUCAUCAUAUCUCAGAUCCAACGGCUGGGAUUCUCCACCGGAGAGAUUGUCAUACUGGUACUUGAAGGAGUGGCCGCCUUGCUCGGCCUUCUGAUUUUGCAGCUGCGUGUUCGAAACGCAUAUGCUGGCCCGGGAAUGCAUGGCAAUCUCCUCAGUUCCGCGAUAUUGCCGAGCUAUGCCGUCGUUCAUUCGGUUGUCCAACUGCGCAAGAGCUCGAACAGCGAUGCGGCAAGCAAUGUUGACGAAGUUACAGGCGCUAUCACCGACAUUUUCUGA